GCAAACCUGACUUCCUGUGCUUGACGUGGUUGAACUUUCCCUCUCUUUGCUCUGUGCAAGAGUUUAUCGCUGUCUCGAGGGACCCGGGUUUCAUAUCCAAGUGUUUAUUUACAACUACAACAUGAUUAUUCAGAUUUAUCUCUAUCUGCUUAUUUGGUGUCAAGCUGCAGAGACUUUAACAAAUCAACUAACAGAUUUUGGGGAAAAUGUGACCAUAAACUGUGAUCUUGAUGAAAAAGAGGUUUAUUGGUUUUUACUAAAACGUCAAGAUUCUUCGGUUCUAAUAAUGCGCUCUUUUUCAAACUCACCUCCGUUUUACUUCAAUAAAAGAUUCAGCCUUAAAUAUUCAGUGGACUCGAAACAUCAUAUUUUCAUAAAUAAUGUCACUAUUGAUGAGUUAGGAGUUUAUUACUGUAUGAGCACAGACCCAGAUCCACAAUUCAGCAAUCCCACCAGACUACACAUCAUUCAACCAACUCCACUAACUGAGUGCCAGAAUCAUACAGUCGAACAGUGUAUUCAGCAGAAUCAGACGGUGGUGAAGUACAUUCAGCAGAAUCAGACGGUGGUGAAGUACAUUCAGCAGAAUCAGACGUCAUGGCAGACUCUUACUCUCGUAUCUGCUCUGUUCAAUGCUGUUUUGGUCAUUGUGGUUAUAGGACUUUUGAAGGUUUGUGCUGUUAGAAGGUCUGCAGAACAACAACUGCAUAAUACUGACGUACAGCUGACACCAGAUUUACAACAGCAUCUAGAUCCAAAUCAAUUACAGCAUGCUGAGGUGGACAGUUCCAUGCUGUGUACAAAUAUUCAUCCCGUUCCAGUCAAUAGCACCUAUGUUACAUUAAAACUGCCAAAAUAAUACACACAAGUAUACAGCUGACCUCAUACUUAUUUCAUAGCGGUAGAUCAAGCACAGAACAAAUAACUAAAGCUCUGGUGUUGUCCAAGUGCACAUGAUAAUGGGUGUGGUUUGGUCUGCUUCAGAAAAAGUGUUGCAUCUAGACAAGUGGUCUGCACAUUGACCCAGUGAAGAGUUUUUCCUCUUUGUCUUCUGUGAUGUUAACAUUUGAGUAGGCUAUCGGUGUUCUCAACAAGUGUGUGAUAUUUUAUGAUAUGCUAAGUAUUAGAUAUUUCACAGCAAACUGAAAGCCAUAAAUAUUUCAGCUAAUGCCAUGUUCAACCAUGUUUUUAUUGAAUUAAAGUGCCAUGCAAUACC